AUGACACCGAUCCGCCCACAAGUCUAUCUCGGUUCUCGAGCCCCCAAUUUCACCGCUCCUUCCUCCCAAGGCCCCAUCGAAUUCUACACCUACGCUGCCAACUCCUGGUGCCUAUUCUUCUCCCACCCAGCACCCUUCACCCCCAUAUGCACAACUGAACUGGGCGCCCUUGCAGCCCUCGAACCAGAAUUCAACGCACGCAACUGCAAACUUCUAGGCCUCUCUACCAGUUCGCCCAACGACCAUACUCAGUGGCUCCAAGACAUCGCUCACGUGACCGGCUACCAUGUACAUUUUCCCCUUCUCUCCGAUCAAUCUCGUCGAGUAGCCUCCACCUAUGGUAUGAUAGACCUGCGUCACUUCGAUCUGCAAGGCCGGCCCAUACCCAUCAGAGCUGCCUACCUUGUCGACCCACGUCGCGAAGUGCGAUUGGUGCAUGCCUAUCCCAUCUCCACAGGGCGAAACACUGCCGAGUUGCUGCGCGCGCUGGACGCGCUCCAAGCUGCAGAUGCAUUCUCUCACCAAUUAGUGACCCCGGUAAACUGGGUACCAGGCGACGACGCCGUGGUCGCGCCAGAAGUCUCGGAAGAUACCGCUGCACGCCGCUUUCCCAACUACCGCACACUCACGCCUUAUCUCAGACUAACACCUGUGGACCCCGAUGAGCUGUAA